AAUCUGCAUAGGUAAGAUAUAAGCAAGUUCAUAACACUAGCGCGUGGAUUUAAACGGAGUUAUUGAACAGUCACACUGGAUCAAAGAAAACCAGUGGAUUAUUGUUUUCUUUGUUGCGGUGUUUGUUGAUUAAGCAUGCAGAGAAAAACUUGCAAGACAAUGUCUAAAGCUCGGUGCAAGUAAUUUAAAAUUACAUUACAGUAAUUUAAAGGAAUAUUGUUGAGUUAUCUGGAAUAAAAUUGCGCUAUUGCAUCGACACAAUUUAACAACGCUUGAAAGGCUGUCAGUAUUGUUGAGGCGUUUUUUUUCUUCAAUUAAAUCUACACUUUAGCAAAAGUGUUUUGGUAAGAAUGUAAAUGCAUGACAAAUGUCAUAUUAACUCACUUAAAAUAUAAAGAAAAUAAAUAUGUAAGAUAUUUUAUGAACGGUGCGUGUUUUGGUGCAAACAUAUAUGUAAGUUCCGCGUGUAAAUAAUAAAUAGUUAAAUAAAACCAGCACUAUAAUGGACCAAUUAGGCAACAUUUUUGAUAUCGUGCUACUGGUGACGUUCGCUUUCUCUGUGUGUCCGUUCGUCCGGGCGAUGACGUGUCCAACCUGUGAUAAGAUACACUGUGUGCCCAAGACCGCUUCUAAGCUGGACUGUAAGGGCGGUGUGACGACGGGCGUGUGCGAUUGCUGCCCCACGUGCGCACGUGUCGAGGGAGAGCGGUGCGGCGGCGUCUACAAUUAUCUGGGAAAGUGCGACAAGGGUUUGUACUGUGAAUCUAUGGACCUGCGGAAAAAGUCGCGGACGCAAAAGAACAACAACGAUCCGGAAGGCGUCUGCAAAUUAGUUCCGGUGCAAGUGAAGGACCAGCCCUCGGAAGCGCGCCCCUCAUGCCGACCGAAAUGCACGCCAGAGUUCUGUACUAAACACCCUCGAGCCAUCUGUUCGGCACUCGAAGUGGCGGAGCUUCUGCAGCCUUGUCAAUCUAAGUGCCAGCACACUUCCUGUAGUGCUUGCCGAUUCGUGGAAGAGUCGGCGUGCCGGAAGUGCCGUCAGGACGAUUUCCGGUGUAUAAAAAAGUUUGGGAAUUGUAUGCGCAAGGAGACAUGUUCCAGAAAAAGAUUUCCAUGCAAAGAAAAAUAUUUUUCAGACUGGGUGAAUCGAGUAGGCAAGUUCCAGUGUUUCGUGUCCGGCUGUUGAAGGAAGGGCGGUGUGAUAUCCCCAAGACUUACGCACACAAAAAAAAACACUAAAAAUAUUACUGUCGCGGACCGUUAAAGUAUCGAGAUUUUACCGGGAUAUCGGCUGUUGGCUUACCGGUUACCAAAGAUAUAGUAGUUUAAACUUUGACAAGUGAUGUCAACGUUUUUAAGUUCUUUUCACGAUUUCAUUAAUUCCAAAAAUAUUCAUUAAGCAUUCUUCGAUUGCAUUUUUCAUUACAUAAAUGCUUAUAUACUCGCUAUUCAUUGCCUCUACAAAUGUAUAUUUUAAUACUUUUUUGCCAACGUCAAGAACCUGAUGAUACCGUAUAAUCAAAUAUGACAUACUUGUUGAACAUGUUAGCGGAUGUCAAAUACUUUAUCUUCUGAAUUGUCUUUGUUAUGAAAUCAUAAUCAAUGCAAAAGGUGUCUAUCUUUCUGUACUAUUGUUUAUUUCUAUAUGUAUUUCCAGUAACUGUUAAAGUGUUGUUUUUUUUAUCAUGAUCAUACAUUUCAACCAAAUAAUUAAAAUAAUAGUUGAGAACGACUCAGAGGCUCUUAUGAUUAUGUUAACCCUUUGCAUGCUGGGAAAUUUGUCGUCUGCUAAAAUGUCAUCUGUUGAAUUUCUAAAAUUAGCAUUUUCUUCGAUUUUUUCAAAGAAUACUAUCAGAAUAGCAAACAGUUUGGAUCCUGAUGAGACGCCACGUUCUCUGGCGUCUCAUCUGGAUCCAAACUGUUUGCAAAGGCCUUCAAAAUUCGGUUCUAGCACUGAAAGAGUUAAAAGGUUCUUAUUUGUAAGGGUUCAUGAGCUUAUUUACUGUUUGCACACAUCUAUACUUUAAAAAGAAUAAAUGAAAACCAUGAUUUAACCUUUGUAUUUAAAAUUAAUUUAAAUAAAAGCACAUUAAAAAGGGGGAAUUUAAGAAAAAUAUAUGUGUAUCUGUUGUUGUUUUUUAUCCAUUUUUAAUCAUAUUUUGUAAUUGUAUUUUGUACAUUUUUGUGCUAUUUAUCGUUGUAAGUGCAAUCAUGUUUGCCUGUUUGUCAGUGAAAACACAAUUGCUUUUUGCCACUCCAAUAGCAAAUGGGUAAUAAGUUAUUUACCAGCAAAUUUUUUUCUUAUUUGUACCUUAUAGGCCAAAUCAAUCGCGUGUAUAUUUAUUAUAUUUUCAAAUUGAGUCCCGCUAUGGGAAUACCGGGUUUCAUGCAUGUGCGUUAGUGGCAUUCUCAACUUAGCCUGUGCAGUCCACACAGGCGAAUCAGGGACGACAAUUUCCGCUUUUAUUGUAAUUUUCUUUAAAAGAAAGUCUCUUUAUAGCAAACAAUCAAGUUUAGGCGGAAAGUGUCGUCCUACAUUAGCCUAUGCGAACUGCAUUUAACCCGAUUUUCCAAUUAUAUUACGUGAAAAAUCUUUCACAUGUAUUUCAGAAUUAAUGCAUGACUGUGUCAAAUUGCGCAUUUGCAAUAACUUUAAAAUAUCUGUGUCAAUACAUUUGCAUAACCAUUUACGUACGUCACACGUCGUGAUGUGUCAUAUCAUAAAGGGUUACCAUACCAACGUUACAAGGCGUGGUAUGAUAGAUCAUUUCCAUAAUCAUGUAUGAAGACAUGAUUUGUCUAAAUUUGUGUUGAGCCAUAUAUGUUCAUCACAAGACCUGAUAUGUGUCAAAUUAAUUGAAGUACCAUGUAUUUACAUCACAAGCGAUGCUGAUUCAAAUUAUUUGCAUAACCAUAUAUGUACAUCAAAAGACAUGAUGCCAGAAAUCAAUUGCAAAAUGAUGUUUUUAAGUGACAUAACAAGAUGUGUCAAAUCAUUUGCAUGACCAUGUUUAUUUAUCACAAAACGUGAUGUGUCAAAUCAUUUUAUGUAUACAUCACAGCACGCGCUGUGUCAAUUCAUCCGCAUGUACCAACAUGCACGUAAAUCACAAGAUGUGAUUUAUCAUAUCAUUCACCUACACGUUUUCAAAACACGUGUAUGACACUGUUCGGCUUACGUGUAAUAACUUAUGAGCGUGUAAAUAGUUUACGGUUAACAUUAGAGCUACAUAUUAUAAUACUGAAAACAUUUUUUUAUAUACGCGUUAAAACUGUUCAUUUAAAUUAUUAAUAUUAGAGUGUUAAAAUAUUUCUUUAAAAAAAGGCUUAUUCUUUAAAUGUUCUGAAUAAUAUGGAUAUCGUCACCAAUUGUGCUUAUAUAUUUUUUGUUAUUUGCCGCGCCGGAUUCAAGUUGGUUUAAAUAAUGUCAUUUUUUAGACAUAUUAAAACAUAAAUGUCUGUUUAAAUACGCAAUAAAUAUGAGAUUUAUUUAAAUAUAUUUAAAUGGAAGUGUUGUUGUUUGUAUUUUUCGACUGAUGCGCAUAGUUUUUCAAUAAUUUAUUGUUAGAGUGAAGUUUCUUAAUUGGCCACACGUGUUGUUAUUAUUUGAGUUGGUGGUCUCAAAAUGUUACUGUUAACCACAUGUGAUUAAUUUAUCUUUGACUUGUGUACAAAUGUGUGUUAUUUAUUUUCACAAACAAAAUCAAUAAAUCAUUUCCACAAUCCA